CAACAACAAUCCAAAUGUCAUCCGCCAUUUCUAACAUUACUUUUCGCACAUAACACUCAACGCCGACUGAAAGUUUUAAUUCCUUUUUUUAAUAAGAAAUUAUUUGCCAAAGUUUUACGGUUUCUAACGAAUUUUAUUUGUAACGAAUUACAAAACAAGGACAUGAAUGACGAGCCAAAAUUAUCGAACCGUUCCCGAAAACGAGUACGGGAAGUCAAACGAAAAGCAAGACCAGAACUAAGUGACAAAGGUGCAUGGGUAGCUUUGAAUUAUGUGGAUCGGUUCAGUGAAUUUAAAGAUUUUGAUGACAACGUGGAACGGAUCAAUGUAAAUGAUGUGUCGUGCCAGGAAUUCAUUGAUCGUUUCGAGAAAUUAUACAAGCCGGUCGUGAUUGACGGGAUGCAGGAAGGUUGGAAGGCGAACCAAAAAUGGACCGUUGAACGACUGGCAAAAAAAUAUCGAAAUCAAAAGUUCAAAUGUGGCGAGGACAAUGAAGGGUACAGCGUUAAAAUGAAAAUGAAAUAUUACGUUGAGUAUAUGAGAACCACCAAAGAUGACAGUCCGUUGUACAUUUUUGACAGUGGAUUCGGCGAGCAUCAUCGGCGCAAGAAACUGUUAGACGACUACGAUAUUCCUAUCUACUUCCAAGAUGACUUGUUUCAAUACUCCGGAGAGAAUAGACGUCCACCAUAUCGUUGGUUCGUUAUGGGGCCAGCCCGAUCUGGAACAGGCAUACAUAUCGAUCCAUUAGGCACAAGCGCUUGGAAUGCUUUAGUUUUCGGUCAUAAGCGAUGGUGUCUGUUUCCCACUCAUACGCCAAAGGAACUCCUUAAAGUCACCGGUCAAAUCGGUGGUAAACAACGUGACGAGGCAAUUACGUGGUUCAAUGCCAUUUAUCCGAGAACUAAGAGACCCGACUGGCCGAGUGACUGUCAACCGCUGGAAAUACUGCAGAAACCUGGCGAAACGGUGUUUGUGCCGGGUGGAUGGUGGCAUGUUGUACUGAAUUUAGACGAAACUGUAGCUGUAACCCAAAAUUUCUCUAGUAAAACCAAUUUUCCAAUUGUUUGGCACAAAACAGUUCGGGGACGGCCAAAAUUGUCGAGAAAGUGGUUGAAAGUGUUAAAAGUAAAGGAACCGGAAUUAGCCAAAAUUGCCAUCCAAGUCAAUCUUGAAGAGAGUACUGGUAUGGCGUCGGACAGUUCAAGCAAUUCAAGUUCAUCAUCUUCCAGUUCCAGUGACGACGAUUCGGAUAGUGAUUCCAAUACCGACAGUGGCCAAGAAUCGUUGACAGCGAAAAAGAAAAAACGUCGAAAGGUGAACGAAGGAUCAAUGGCAUCGUCGUCAUCUUGAAGACGCUCUGCCGGAGAAUAUAGAUUUAUUAUAUAUUUUUUUGUACAAUCAAGGCCAAACUAAGUAGUCUAAAUGGGGAAUGCAAUCAAGAAAACAUUCCACAAAGAAGAAAAAAUGAAAACAAAAAUAACGAGAACGAAUAAGACGUUUUUAUUUAACUGAA